ACCACCAACACCACCAACACCACCAACACCACCAACACCACCACCACACUCAAGACAGCCCAGCCCAGCCCAGCCCAGCCCAGCUGAACAAUGCGAUUCCUACACUCGUUCGCAGCGCCCCUCCUGCUGCUAGCUGCCGGCGCCGCUCAAGCAGCUCCUUCGUCCUGGGGCUUCGAGGAUGCGAAGCUCACCGUGACGGCCAAGAAGACCGGGGCCAAAGAGCCGGAUGUUAGACAGUUCAACGACAAGACACCAGCCCUCCCGACUCCCGUGGUAUUCGAUAGCUCCGACAGCUUGAAGAUCAUCUUGACAGCCAAGGAGAACGGCAAGGGAAAGCGUCCUCACCAGGCAUUCCUCGUGCUGCGCGAGCCGGGCUCCGGGCUCGAGGCCCCGUUCCCGUUGACGGUGAAAGACAAUGGCAAGGCGACCGUUGAGAUUAAACACAGCGACCUCCCCCUCCAACUCGCCAUCGCAACGGCCCCCCUUAAAGCAUCCCUAGUCCUCGCCUCCUUCGGCUCCUCCGCCGGCCUCGUCAAGGACGUCUUCGACGUGGACGUCGUGCGCGACCCGGCCGCCAAGCCCCUCGUCUACGAGAAGCCGCUGCGCUACGGCAAGCGAGACGAGAUCCACCACAUCUUCCGCGACGACCCCAAGAGCCCGCCCAAGCUCAUCUCUAUCGUUUUUGUUUUCGCCGUCUUGGCUACCGUUCCGCUCCUGCUUGCUUCCUGGGGUAUCGUCGGCGGCAACCUCUCGCAUCUGCCCACGGCGCUGAGCGCCGCCCCCGUUGCGCACAGCACUUUCCUGGGAUCUAUCGCCGCUAUGGAGCUUGUCUUCUUCCUGUACUAUUCUACGUGGAACCUUUUCCAGACACUACCUUUUAUCGGCCUUGUUUCCGUCAGUAUUUUCUUUAGCGGUUCCAAGGCCCUCGGUGAGGUCCGGCGCCGCCGGCUGGCCGGGGAGAGGUGAGUGGGAUCUACUUAGUAGCUGGCUACAUGUCGUUAUCGGUAGUGGGUUACCAUGCCAGGGUGUGGAUAUAAAGGGAUGAAGGGGUUCUCUGAUUCGCGUGGCCUGGAACGCGCGCGAUUUGAUGCCAAUCUAUUUGUGGCGUCGACGCGCGAAAUACAAGGACUGUUAAAAUUACGGUAGAUAAAUAAAAAAGAAUGUAUAACAGGACUAAAGCACUUCUUUUAUAUCUAUGUCAAGCAUCGUUGUCCUA